UCUCUCACUCACUCUCCCACCAACAAGUAUGAGAAAUUGAUAUUCCAAGAGAAGGAAACAGAGCACCAUCUGUUAUUUUCUAUUUGUACGAUUCCAUCUGAUCUAAAAACACUCUCUGUUAUUUGGAAUCUCCCACCAUUCUAGCUCAGUAAAAAACAAGAGCAAGAAUCCGAAGAUAUCCAAACGGGUCUUUGGAAUCUUUUUAUGUUCUGCUGAGUUUUGUGGUCACCGGAAAACAGAGCACAGAGGAGCUCGGGAGGAAAUGGGUGUUUUGCUUGAGGACGUGGUGGUGAUUAGCCAGGGAGAGAAGGCCGGAGAUCCCACUGUGAUCACUGUGAAUUGCCCUGACAAAACUGGGCUAGGCUGUGAUCUGUGCAGGGUCAUAUUGCUGUUUGGGCUCAGCAUUUGCCGAGGAGAUGUUUCGACGGAUGGAAAAUGGUGCUACAUAGUGUUUUGGGUGGCGGGAAAACCAGAAACAAGGUGGGAUUUGCUGACAAAGAGAUUGUUAGAAGUGUGUCCAUCAUAUUUUACAACUUCUGGAAUAUACUAUUAUCGGCUGGAGAACCAGCAGCCUAAGCCACUAGACGUGUUCCUUUUGAAAUUCUGGUGCUCUUAUGAACAGGAAGGCCUAUUGCACGAUGUCACUAAGGUCCUUUGUGAGCUUGAGCUCACAAUAGAGAGAGUGAAGGUGUCUACUACCCCAGAUGGGAAAGUGAUGGACCUUUUUUUUGUUACAGAUUCCAGAGAACUGCUGCAUACAAAAAGAAGACAAGAUGAAACAAUUCACUGCCUGAAAUCUGUCUUGGGAAAUGUCUUAUUGGGUUGUGAAAUUGAAUUGGCCGAGUCAAAAGUUACUGCAUGUUCACAAGGUUCUCAUUAUCUUCCUUCUGUAAUCACUGAAGAAAUGUUAAGUUUAGAGUGGGCCAAUGGCCGCCUAAAAGGACCAGUUACCUCCAUCCCCAUUUCAAUAACAGUGGACAAUAACCUCAGCCCAUCUCACUCACUAAUUCAAAUAUUAUGUCCGGAUCAUAAAGGUCUAGUGUAUGACAUCAUGAGAACACUGAAGGAUUAUAACAUUCAGGUGUCUCAUGUGCGAUUCUAUAAAAUAACAAAAGGGAAUUGUGAGCUGGACUUGUUCAUAAUGCAAGCAGAUGGCAAGAAGAUUGUUGAUCGUCAUAAGCAGGAUGCCUUGUGUUCUCGCUUGAGAGCGGAGCUUUUGUGUCCUCUUCGAGUGGCUGUGGUGAACCGCGGUCCUGACACUGAGCUGUUGGUAGCGAACCCGGUUGAGUUGUCUGGCAGGGGUCGACCUCUUGUCUUUUAUGAUAUCACUCUUGCCCUCAAAGAUCUGAGCACACACAUCUUUUCGGCAGAGAUAGUGAGACACAAGAUCCGAGAUCGGGAGUGGGAGGUCUACAGAUUCUUGCUAGACGAAGGGGUCUCACCUUGGGUGCCAAGGAACAAAAUCGAGGAGGAUGUACGAAAUAUACUGAUGGGUUGGGAACAGAUUGCAUAAAAUUUAGUCACAGCGCGCGGCUUCUAUCUUUAUCACUGUACAGUGUAGUUUCUGAGCAUCCAGCAUAUGUAUGCUGCGGCUACAACCUUGUGUAUAUGAAGUCAUUGAAGUGUAAAUCAUUAUGUGCAUAAAUAAAUAAAAAAUGUCAACGUUUCGGCA